AUGGCUGCCGCGGUAUCUGUCCCUUCCCCCGCAUUGCGCGGCACCGUCUCUUCGGCGCGUCAUGCCGCCGUGCCAAAGGCCAGCGGCUCCGCGUCGCCAGCGGCGCCUGCUGCGCAACUAACGCUCAGAUCGUCCUUCACGCAAUCGCCCACCGCCGUCACUGGCAGAAGCCGGUCGACUAGCUGCCGUCAAAUUGCGGCGUCGAGACGGCGAUCCGCUGUCACAGCGUCUGUGGCAGCGUCGGCGCCGAAUGCGCAGGCGGCGACGGCGGCGGCGGCGGAGGCGGAGUGGGCGAAGCUGUCGAAGGUGUGCGCGGUGCUGGGCACGCAGUGGGGCGACGAGGGCAAGGGCAAGCUCGUCGACAUCCUCGCGCAGCGAUACGACGUCGUCGCGCGCUGCCAGGGCGGCGCGAACGCGGGGCAUACGAUAUACGACAGCACGGGGCGGCGGUUCGCGCUGCACCUGGUGCCGUCGGGCAUCCUGCACGCGAACGCGAUGUGCGUGGUGGGCAACGGGCCCGUGAUCCACCUGCCGGGCUUCUUCAACGAGCUCGACGGGCUCGAGGCCAGCGGCGUGCGCGUCGACGGCCGCAUCCUCGUCAGCGACCGCGCGCACCUGCUCUUCGACCUCCACCAGACCGUCGACGCGCUGCGCGAGGCGGAGCUGGCGGGCGACAAGAUCGGCACCACGAAGCGCGGCAUCGGGCCGUGCUACGCCAGUAAGGCGAUCCGCAACGGGGUGAGGGUGUGCGACCUGCGCCGAAUGGACACGUUCCGCGCCAAGCUGGAGGUACUCUACCGCGACGCACACCAGCGCUUCCCCGCCUUCCAGUACACUGAAGCCGACCUCGACGCUGAGGUGGCGCGCUACAGGGAGUUUGCCGCCCGGCUGGAGCCGUUCAUCACGGACACUGUUCACUUCGUGGGCGAGGCGGUGCGCGGCGGGCGGCGAGUGCUGGUGGAGGGCGGGCAGGCGACGAUGCUGGACGUGGACUUCGGCACCUACCCCUUCGUCACCUCCUCCAACCCCUCUGUCGGUGGCAUCUGCACCGGCCUUGGCAUCCCCCCGCGUGUCCUCGGAGACAUCAUCGGCGUCGCGAAGGCGUACACGACUCGGGUGGGCGAGGGGCCGUACCCGACAGAGCUGUUUGGGGAGCUGGGCGAGCAGCUGCGCAAGGCGGGCCACGAGUUCGGCACCACCACGGGGCGCCCACGGCGCUGCGGGUGGCUGGACAUUGUGGCGCUGCGCUACGCGUGCCAGGUGAACGGCUUCACGGCUCUCAACCUCACCAAGCUGGACGUGCUGUCGGGCCUGCCAGAGCUGCAGCUGGGCGUGGGCUACCGUGCCCCUGACGGCUCCCUGCUGCCCGCCUUCCCCGCCGACCUGGAGCUGCUGGGGCAAGUAGAGGUGGAGUAUGAGACGGUGCCGGGGUGGCAAGAGGACAUCACAGGCGUGCGCACAUUCGAGGAGCUGCCAGCCAACGCACAGGCGUACGUGAGGCGCAUAGAGCAGCUGCUGGACGUGCCCGUGCGCUUCAUUGGUCUCCGUCCUGCCGUCGCCUCGUCUUACGGAACAUCCUCGUCGCUCUCAUUUCGUGAGUCACGUGAAUCGGCGCGCAGCGGGGCGUGGGCGGGCAGCAUGCAGAUCUUCGUGAAGACGCUGACGGGCAAGACGAUCACGCUCGAGGUGGAGAUCAGCGACACCAUCGACAAUGUCAAGGCCAAGAUCCAGGACAAGGAGGGCAUUCCGCCGGACCAGCAGCGGCUGAUCUUUGCGGGGAAGCAGCUGGAGGACGGGCGCACGCUGGCGGACUACAACAUCCAGAAGGAGUCGACGCUGCACCUGGUGCUGCGGCUGCGCGGCGGCAUGAUGAUCAAGGUGAAGACGCUGACGGGCAAGGAGAUCGAGAUCGACAUCGAGCCCACCGACACCAUCGAACGCAUCAAGGAGCGCGUCGAGGAGAAGGAGGGCAUCCCGCCCGUGCAGCAGCGGUUAAUCUUUGCGGGGAAGCAGAUGAACGAUGAGAAGACGGCCAAGGACUACAACAUAGAGGGCGGCUCCGUGCUGCAUCUCGUGCUCGCCUUGAGAGGCGGCUCUGCCUCCUCCUAG